AUGAACCGAAACACCUUUCUUCAUCAGAGCCAUCCGAAGAAAAGGAUUUUGGGAAUUUGGAGCGAAGGCGGCGCAUGCGGUGGACGGAAUGGGGAAUCUGGUCCUUACGUUGGCGGUUUUAGCAGCAUCGGCGAAUCAUAUGAUUUGCUUGUUCAUAAUUGCUCACAAGAUGAUUUGCUUGAAUUUGGAAAUACCAAAAGUCCAUGGAAUUGUGUACAUUUCUAG